CCCGUCCUUGCCGCCGUUGCCGCCGCCGUCGGUCCUCCUCCUCAUACACGACAGAACCGACUCUGGCAGGACCUCUGCUUGGCAUAAGCAAAUCAAAAAGGAAGACUUGGACAUUGACCCCUUCAAGUCUCCUCCUCCUCACCCCCCCUUCCCUCUCCCCUCCUCACUUAUAAAUCUCCAUCACACCAAGCCACUGGCGUCGCUACAUCGCACCCCCACCCUUCAGCAUGGAUCCUACGCCCGAGCCCUCUGCGGCUUCCUCGGUGGAGGCGUCCACGCCGGCAUUGGCUACCACUGCCGCCAGCCAUGUCACUACCACCAUUGCAACUGCAGGUGCUGCAGCUCCACCCUCUGCACUCGGCUUCGACCCAACGGGUGCGGCGGCAACGUCGACCAACGUGACUACAGCGACCGGAGCGAAUCACCCGCCCUUGCCACCCGUAGUCGCAAUCGAGGAAGAAGAGUCUGAGCGCGGCUCGGGCGUCGAAGUGGAACUGAACGGCGCUGGCUCAGACUUUGACCAAGACAUUGACGAGUACGAGGAGGACGACUCGUACACCGACAGUACGCCUGCAAGCUCCAUCGUCGACGCUCCAGACGGUAUGGGCGCCUUCACCCCUCUGCCCGCUGGCCCACCCCCGAGCGGCCUACGUCACAAGUAUCACCGUCACAUGGCAAGGAGUGCUGCGAAGCGCGAGAGCGUACAGGCGCUUCCCUCGAUUCGCGACCUCCAACUUCAAUUCUCGGGGGGCGGUGCGCGUGUCGAGCACCGUGCCGGCCUCGGUGUCGGUAUCCGCUCAUCGCCGCUUGCCGCCAUGCUCGAGGACGACGAGGGGGAGGGCAGGCGCGACCGCCUGCAAGAACCCCGACCUUGGAAGGAGGUCCAGCUCGCUCGCGUCAAUGCGGCUGAAGCGUCGGCAGAGGCGACUCGGCUGGUGGCGACGAUCCGCAAGCGCUGGGGCCCGGGCCGCGGCAGUCCACCAUCUAGCCCUGGCAUUCCACCAGAGGACCUCCGCGGCGCAUUUGUCGAGACGGCGCGUGCUGUUCGACGCGUGCGUACUCUAGCCCUCGCCCUGGUGCCCACGACUGGCCAGCGCCGUGCGUCUGGGCCCGCCGGCCGGUCCGGCGUGCCGACGUUCUCGACCCCAUCACGCCCUGCGGUCAAGGCGACCCGUCGUGUGGUCUCGGGUGCGAGUGAUGGGCGACACAGCAGCAUCCCUCCGCCUGUUGUCGCUGCGCCUGACCCUAUCGCACGCGUUCGCCGUGCGGCACUCGACCUCUUGGGGCACCUACGCCAUCUCGAGGAGCGAACCCGUCUACAACACGACAAGCCUCCCAAGCUUGUGGUCAUUCCCGAUGGAGGUGGUGACCCGACAGUGGUCGAGUCCCCAGUGGCGGUGACUCACGGUGCAGACACUACGACAUCGCCCCCGAACCGCAGCGACAAUUCGUCGCCCGCCUUUGACUCUCCGAGGCGCUAUCCCAACCGCCGCCUGUCGUCGCCGUCCAAGGAGCUCCUUUACAGCCCUGCCUCCAGCAACGGCGACCUUCCAUAUGACGACUUCUCGGACAAUGAAGACUACUUCAACGUCAACGACCUCGCGCGGGAGCUCGAGAACGAGGACCGUCCGCGGGAGCCGUGGGAGGACCGACUCGUGUCAGAGGAUCGCAGAUACAAGGCAGUGUCGCCCACGGCAUGGAGCGCCGAGAGCAGAAAGGUCAGCGAGGCGGCCACGAGGUGGGCGGACGCUGUCGAGCGGGCGUUUGGUGGCGAGCGAGCGCCUGCGGGGCCGACAGGUGCUUGGGCCCGUGAAACCAAUGUCACCGAGCUGGAGCGAGCACGCGCGUUCAUCGCUGCACACCUUUCCGAGGAGCACGUCAAGCUGUUGCCGCCGGCUUCCGACUCCUCGGCGCUCCUUGCCCGCCUGAGUGACGGUUACCUCCUGAUCCAGGCGUUCAACUCUCACGUUUUAGCGUCCAAACGUCCCUGGGGCGAUAUUCCAGACGAAGAUAUUCACGAGACCGUGUCCUCGGCGCCGCAGGGGGAGGCGGCGCGCGAGUGGACCUUCCGGCUGAUUGGCAACCUGACCCCAUGGGCUGCUGCCUUGCGCCACCGCUACAACCUGCCCCUCGUUAUGCCUGCGACGCCAAGCUCGGUGCUGCCGCCGGCUACCGAGAAGAAGACAUCGCCUCGGCGUGGCAUCCAGCCGAGUGCGCCGCCCUCACGCCGUCGCGACAUCCCCCAGAUCGACUUUGACCCGUCCGUGGUGGCAAAGAAGUCUGAGGGAUGGGAGAGCAUGCUCUCGACGCUGCUUAACGCAUGGGUGAGCGAGGCUGCACACGAAGCGGGCGGGUCGCGCGUGGUCAGCGCGGCACUUUCAUCGACACCGAGCACGCCGCCUACGAUCAUUGAGACGCCAGGUGAGGCCGCCGAGGUCGACGCAACCACGACGAAGACCGACGACGCACCAAAGACCACUACGACCAGCCACGAGCUGUAAUGAGCCACCGAGACAACGAGCCGACAAACACAAACGCAAACCAUAACCACACGUUCAUUGCCCCCACACACCCUGCAUGGCUGCGCUCUAGGCGCCACUGACAUAUAAUGCGGAAGAAGAAGAAGCAGGAAAAAAGAAGAUGCAUGCAUAGGUGUUACAACA